AUGCUUCUUCACCAAGUUCCCGAGAGACCGCUGAAACACCCGAAGGUUCUCGCAAAUCUCCUUCAGAACGUAUUGAUUCAACCUUCCGAAAGUGGUCUAAGGCAGCCUCUUCCAACUCCAAGUCCUAAUUCAGAUCAAUCUGCUUACUUUUACCAGAACCAGAAAAUACCGCCGAAUCCGCCGCCGAUCAACCAUUUCUCCUUCGAAGGAAAGUACAGGUACAUCUGCGAGCUUCUCUUAUCUCAAACCCGGUCACGGAAUCUUCCCACGGGCCUUCAGCUCCAUGCCCACAUCACAAAAUCGGGUUUGGGAACGAUUCCUCUCGUGUCUCACUACCUGAUCAAUUUCUACUCCAAGAACGAGCUGCCGCUGUUAUCCACCCUGGUCUUUGAGGAAACCCAGCAGAGGUCAGCCACUACUUGGAGCUCUGUCAUAUCUUCGUUGGCUCAGAAUGAGUUACCGGGUCUUGCGAUUGAGUACUUUCGUCGAAUGCUUGAGGAUGGUGCACGUCCUGAUGAUCAUAUCUACCCUAGUGCCACCAAGGCUUGUGCGAUCAUGGGUCGUUCUGAUGUGGGUAAAUCCGUGCAUUGUCACGUUAUUAAGACUGGGUAUGAAAUUGAUGUGUUCGUGGCGAGCUCCCUGGUUGAUAUGUACUGUAAAUGUGGAGGGAUAGUGGAUGCAAGGCAACUGUUCGAUGAAAUGCCUGAUCGAAACGUAGUUUCCUGGAGUGGUAUGAUUUAUGGGUAUGCGCAACUUGGGGAAGACAAUGAAGCAUUGAAGCUCUUCAAACAAGCUUUGUACGCGGGUAUGGACGUCAACGAUUUCACAUUCUCGAGCGUCAUCAGGGUCUGUGGAGAUUGCACUCUGCUGGAACUCGGUAAACAGAUACACGGGAUGUGCUUCAAAACGAGCUUCAAUUCCUCCAGCUUUGUGGGCAGCUCUCUUGUCUCCAUGUAUUCAAGGUGUGGAAUCAUUGAAGAAGCUUACACAGUCUUCCACGAGGUGCCCUUGAGAAACCUCGGCAUGUGGAACGCCAUGCUCAUUGCUUGCGCACAGCACGCACAUACAAACCAAGUCUUCAGUUUAUUCAACAAGUUGCAAACCGGUGGAGGAACAGUAAAACCAAACUUCAUCACCUUCUUGAGUUUGCUCUAUGCUUGCAGCCACUCGGGGCUAGUCAAGGAAGGGGAAUUCUACUUCGAGCUCAUGAAGACGAGAUAUGGGAUCGAGCCAGGUGCUCAGCAUUACUCAUCCAUGGUUGAUUUGCUCAGCAGGGCGGGUAAACUGCAGGAAGCACUCUCGAUCAUAAACCGAAUGCCCAUCGAGCCCACGGAAUCCGUGUGGGGAGCAUUCAUGACAGGAUGUAGAAUUCAUCGCAACACUGAGCUGGCAGCAUAUGCAGCAGAUCGAGUCUUCCAGCUGGGGAACGUCAGCCCAGGGUUACACGUGAUACUGUCAAAUUCAUACGCAGCUGCUGGUCGCUACGAGGAUGCAGCUAGAGCUCGGAAGAUGCUUAGGGACCAAGGCGUGAAGAAGGAAACAGGGUUGAGUUGGGUGGAGGAAGGGAACAAAGUGCACACUUUUGCCGCAGGGGAUAGAGGGCAUGCGAGGAGUAAGGAGAUAUACGAGAAGCUGGAGGAGUUGGGAGAGGAGAUGGAGAAGGCUGGUUAUGUUGCCGAUACGAGUUUCGUGCUGCGAGCAGUGGGUGGUGAAGAGAAGCAGCAGACGAUUCGGUAUCACAGUGAAAGGAUAGCAAUUGCAUUCGCGCUCAUUGUUUUCCCACACAAUGAUAGGCCGCUUCGGAUCAUGAAGAACCUUCGAGUGUGUGGUGAUUGCCAUACUGCGAUCAAGUUUAUGUCGAAGUGCAGUGGGAGAGUGAUCAUUGUGAGGGAUAAUAACCGGUUUCAUCGCUUUGAAGAUGGGAAAUGCUCUUGUGGUGACUAUUGGUGA